AAAUAAUAGAGACAAUGAUAUAAAUGUGGAAGGCAUUAAUUCUGAUAUUUCAAACAAAAAAUUUCCACCCAAAUUAAAAGCGAUGAAACCCAAAAUAAAAAUACCUGAACCAAAAUUUAAAGCAAUAGAAAUGAAAAGUGAUGAAAAACAAUCAAUUAUGAACAAUGUUCAAAAUGACAUGAAAAAGAUUAUGCCAAAAUUGAAAUCCAUCAAACCCAAAAUAAAAAUACCUGAACCAAAAUUUAAAUCAUUAGAACAAACUAUUAAAAAAGAAGACUCAUAUAUGAAGUCUUCAAAUACAAAUAAGGAACCACCCAAGUCCAUUAUGAAACAAUCCAGUACUAAUAGUAAUAAUUCACAACCCAUAUUAAAAAGACUUCAAACAUCCAAAAAAAAAGUGUCUAUUGAUUUAGUUGAUGAGGAUGAUGAUAUAUCAAAUGAAAAAAAUUUUAAUAAAAAUUCAUUAUUCAAAAAUAAAUAUUAUUCAAAAAUAAAUAUUCUAGAUAAAUUAAAAAAUGUUUGCUCCGACGAAAUAAAUAAGAAUGAAUCAAAUGUGUCUACAAAAGAUUCUAUGGGAAUAGGUAAAAUAUAUUAUUCCAUAAAAGAAAAAGGAAAACCUUUUUAUCCCUCAUUUUCUUUCUCUAUGAAAGAAAAAACCAUAACAAAUAUUGGCACUGCGUCAUUUUCACAUGAAUUGGCAAAACAAAAUAUAGGAAGUAACCAGCAUAUGAAACGUGACAACAUAUCAAGAAAUGAUCCUUCAAACGAUAUACAAAACAAUUCAAAUAAUGGUCCAAAAAGGAUAUCAAUGGAAAAAAUCUGGAAAAAUGAUAAUAUAUUAGAAAAUAAUCCAAAUGUUAGACAAAAGAGAGAAUCACAUAUAAAAAUGUCAAAUACAUGUGGAGAAAAUAUCCUAGUAGGAAUAAAAGGAAAUAAAUCCAACAUAGGACCAUUGACAACAUUUAAUGAAAGUAAAUUAAUUCAAGAUACUCAUUAUAUAAAUGCUUUUUCUCGAUUUAGUGGGAAUUAUGUAGGUAAAGUUACAGGACCUGCUCAUCCUAUAUCUAACUUUGAUAAAACUCCACAAAAUAUGAAUGACAAAAAGACAUGUGUUCAAAAUGGUAUUCAUAAUAAUAGAUGCGUGUGUAAGGGAGUACCACCACCCUUUUAUGAUUAUCCUUAUAUGAUGAAUUAUGCAUACUGUAAUAAUGUAUUAUAUAAUGGUGGAAUGGAUAGUCACCCUUUUUAUUUUUACCCUAGAUGUUACUUACCUAUGUAUCCAUAUGAUUAUCCACAUGAUUAUCCAUAUAAUGAGACCGUACCAUUUUAUAAUGAUGAAAAUGUUAUACCAAACCGAGAUCAUAUUAGUGCUUCCCAUAAAACGACAAGAAGAAAUAAAAGAGACGAAAGAAAUAAACACAAGGGAAAAAAUAACAAAUUUGAAGACAAUAUGAUUAUAGCUGGGGGACAUUUAAAACCAUUACAAUUUAGAAAUGGAGCAGAGUGGAGUAAGAAGAAUGACAAAAAAAAAUGUAAUAAUGGUGAAAAUGUAUAUUACGAUGAUGUUGAUGAAGAGGAAUAUUUUGAUUGGGAUGAAUAUAAUAAUGAAGACAAAUUCUACGAAGAACAAAAUAAGAUAAAACAUAAACAGAAAAGUUCAUAUAUUGGAAAUUCAAAAUGGUACGAAAUUGAACAGAAAUUGAAUAAUUGUCGAGGGGUCAUAGAAGAUGAUAAACCACCAAAAGAAAUAAUUAUAAAAAAAAAAAAAAAUGUGAAUGAAAAAAAAAAACUUUAUUACGAAGAUGAAACAAAAUAUUAUGAUGAGUAUGAAAGUGAAUAUAGUAAUACAUAUGAUGGUGAAUAUAAUGAUGUAUAUAUUUCUGAUGAUCAAUUAAUAAAUCCGAAAAUGUAUAAAAAUGGUGUAUAUAAUAGAAGAAGAUUAAGUAAUAGAAAUGAAAAGCAUGGUUUGGAAGAAAACACAUUGGAAGAUACAUAUAAUUUCAAUUUUGAUGAUAUAUAUAAGAAUUACAGAAUCGAAUAUUUAAAUGAAAAACUUAAAUGGGCUAACGAACAUUUGAAAAAAAAGAAAAAUAAUAAAUAUAAGAAAAACCAAAAGGAUGAAAUUACCAUAGAUCAGGAUAAAGCAAAUGAUCCUACUCUUAUACAAGGAUCACGAAAAAAGAAUUUGGAACGUUUAGAAGAUAUAGCUCAUUUAUUUUUACCAAAACAGAAAAAACAUGAUAACAUGUUUAAUUUAUCAUUAAACAUUUCGAAAAUGUCUAAUAAUGAUAAGGACGAUAUCAUAAAUAUGCUUUUCUCUUGUCGAGAAUUAGAAAAAUUAAUUGAAGAACAGCAUUGUGUUUUGGAUAUGUUGGAUAACGAUUUACGAGAAGUUAAUGCAUCAUUAAAGUUACCAGCAACUUGGGACAAUUUGGAAAACUUUGAAUUAUUACAAGAAAAUAUUUUAAAGGAAGAUGAACAAGGAUUGCCAAUAAAUAAUACUCCUUUUUUUAUAAAAGGAAAGGUAGCACUAAUACCGAAGGAUAUAAAUACCUUUUUUGAUGAUGAAGUAAAAGGUGAAUCAACAGGAAAAAAGGAUUAUUAUGCUAGGCAAGUGGUUCAAAUGGCAACUCAGGUGAAUACUCCAACGCCUGUUAAAUAUGUUCCAAAAUUUACGAAAGCAAAAGUAAAGCCCAAAGUGCCCUUGUUAUUGAAAAAUAUUACUAAAGCUUAA